AAUGUGGCACAGAUUCAGCUGGUACAACCCAGUCAAAUCCAGCUUCCUGGUGGACAGACUUUACAGCUACAGGGUCAGCAGGGACAGACCCAACAAAUCAUCAUUCAACAGCCACAGACUGCAGUCACUGCAGGACAGAACCAGGGUCAGCAGCAAAUCACUGUGCAGGGUCAGCAGUUAGCACAAACUGCUGAAGGACAGACCAUCGUUUACCAGCCUGUUAAUGCGGACGGGACCAUCCUACAGCAGGGAAUGAUCACUAUUCCAGCUGCAUCUUUAGCAGGAGCUCAGUUAGUCUCAGCUGGAUCCAACACAAACACCACCAACACGGGUCAGGGCACAGUGACGGUCACACUUCCCAUGGCAGGAAACAUGGUCAAUGCUGGAGGAAUGGUCAUGAUGGUCCCAGGGGCUGGCGGGUCGGUUCCCACCAUGCAGCGCAUUCCUCUUCCUGGAGCAGAGAUGCUGGAAGAGGAACCUCUGUACGUCAACGCUAAACAGUAUCACAGGAUCCUCAAGAGAAGACAAGCCCGUGCCAAACUAGAAGCUGAGGGCAAAAUACCCAAAGAGAGAAGAAAAUACCUGCAUGAGUCCCGUCAUCGUCACGCCAUGGCCAGGAAGCGCGGAGACGGUGGACGCUUCUUCUCUCCGAAGGAAAAGGAAGAAAUGGCCAUGCAGGCCCUUAAGAAAUCUGAGCAGGAUCAAUCUGAAGAGGACACAGUGGGCCACAUGAUUCAGGACUGUUUCCAGCUGUGUCUUCCACGUCUGUUGUUCCUCGUCGUCCUCUCCAUCCCCUGCAUCCCUCAGGUCGAUCUCAGUUUCCCUUGCGUCCAUACUCCGCAUCAUGGUGCCCGUCAUCAAUAUAAAGGUUGUAAGGUCAUAAAGCGGCUCAUCAACAGCAUCAAAACAUACAUAAACAGUUUCACACACUCUCACACAUAUACACUGUGAAUAGAGAGCUGGAGUGCUGUCUUGAAGCUGAAACAGGGAUAUGGGAUAUAUUAGGAAAGUGACCGUGCCCUAACAGGCAUUCCCAAACAGGCCCCUAUGGGAAGAUACCAGCACCCACUGAU